AUAGUUAGAUCGGUAGGUAGGAAGAUAGCUGUUCCAUUUAUUGAUCCAUGGCUUUCAGAUGAUACACCCAUCGCCUCAGCCAAAGCGCCUCCUGCUGACAGCGACGCUGAUGGAGAAGGUGUGGACGGGACGGGUGUCAACGGGCGUUUGUGGAGGACCGUGAUCAUUGGUGAACAGGAACAUCGGAUCGACAUGCAGGUCAUACGGCCCUAUCUUCACGUCAUAUCGCAUGGAGGGUACUAUGGCGAAGGCUUGAAUGCCAUCAUUGUGUUCACGGCUUGUUACCUUCCUGACAGCAGCUGCCCAGAUUACCAUUACCUGAUGGAAAACCUCUUUCUGUAUGUGGUGAGCAGUCUGGAGAUGCUGGUGGCUGAGGAUUACCUGAUCAUCUACAUGAAUGGAGGAACGCCGCGGAGUAAGAUGCCUGGCAUUAGCUGGCUCAAGAAGUGCUAUCAGAUGAUCGACAGAAGACUGAGGAAAAACCUGAAAUCUCUGAUUAUCGCUCAUCCGUCCUGGUUUAUCCGGACUGUCAUCGCAAUUUCCAAACCCUUCAUCAGCGUGAAGUUCAUGAAUAAGAUCCGUUAUGUGCACAGUCUGGAAGAGCUGGAAAAGAUUGUUCCUAUGGAUCAUAUCCAGAUCCCAGAGUGUGUCUUACAAUUUGAAGAGGGAAGAAUGAACGCUAGAAAAGAGAGAAUGGAGCAGGAACAGAAAGAGCAGCAGCAUCAAGACCAGCAACAGAAGCCAGUCAAUCAAGAGAUGACAACAGCGAUUGAAGAACCUGGACUCUGAGCGGACGAGCUUGAAUUUUUUUUUUUUGUUGCUGAUCUUGGACCAUUUUUCAUAUUCCCAAAUUAUAUAUUAAUACGCAUAUCAGACGACUCGAAACUGGUCUCAGAUCAGCAACAAAGCGGAAACUUUAAUCAAAAGUUGGAGGGUGAGAAGGCCAGCUGCUCUCGCUUUCGUCUGCAAAGGCACAAAUUUAAAAAAGCAUCUCCAAAUCCACCAACAGAUGGCACUACGCACAGAGAAAUGUCGCUGUUUUCCUGGUAGCAGGAUGACCAUCCUGCACAGUAGCCUCUUUGCAGUUACCGCUUUUUUAAAUAGGCUGUUCCCUGCUUUCUGACCCUUGAGAAUGUCGUAUAACCUGCCUUUAAUUGACGGGGAUUGCUGGUGCAUGUCGAUUUCCAAGCAUCUCUGUGCUUCUCUGUGUGUAUGCGCCCAAAUCGAAUGUAACUGUUUUCCAUUUCGCUGAUUAUGUUUGCCUGGAAUCCUUUCUUGGAUGUUUUUUUGAAUGUUUUAACUCCUUUCAUCUGUUUAAUGACCAGCUUUUGUAAAUGAUAAGUGCCAGUCAUCUCUGAAAACAUUUAGACAUUAGCCGUACUUUUAUGUUGCCUUAUGUUUGGUUCAAAAUUAAACAUUCUGCUAUAUGUAUG